AUGGUUGUCCCAGAGCAGCCAAGCUCUCAAGAGCCCCACCAAGGGCUCCCCACACCGAGCUUCGUCCGCGGGCCACGGGCCCGGCUCCAGCGUCGGCCGGAGCGAGCGGGGCCAGGAGCCGCCGGCGGGCCCGCGGGACGGGACGGGCGGCCGGAGCCGGGAGCGCCUGGCGGCCACUCCCGCCGCAGGUACCGCGGGACAGCCGGGGGCUCCCGGGGGGGGACGGCGGGUCUGGGACACCCCGGGCCCGGGAAGGCACCACUGCGCCCUGGCUGCUCGGGGGCGGAGGGGGCGGGCGGUUCCCCACGCGGUGCCCGGGCCUGGCUGACCCUUUCCUUCUCCUCAUCCCUGUGCGCAGGAGCAGGCGGGAGGCCAUCGGGAGCGGAGCAGCCCGUGCCGGAGGAGGCUCCCGAGUGCCCGGGCCCCGAGGAGCCGUGCGGGCGCGGCGGGCGGCGGCUGCGCACGGCGUUCAGCGCGGAGCAGAUCAGCACCCUGGAGAGCUCCUUCCAGCGGCAGCAGUACCUGGGCGCCGCCGAGCGCCGGCAGCUGGCGGGCAGGAUGCGCCUCUCCGAGGUGCAGAUCAAGACGUGGUUUCAGAACCGCCGGAUGAAGCUCAAGCGGCAGCUGCAGGAGUUGAGGACGGAGCCCUUCUGCAGCCCCGCUCUCCCUUACGGACCUCAGGGCGCUGUGGUGCCCCUGCCGCUCACAUACGUGGCCCGGCCACCACCUCUGCCCCGGCAAGGGGCUGCCUCUGAGGGCUUCGCUGUGGCGGCCCUGCCGGCACCCGCCCUGGACCUCAGCAGCGCCUGCAGAGCACAGCCGGUUGGCUUUUGGGCAGCACCCUGCUUUGUGGGGUACCGGGACCCCAGGGCUUUCCUGCUGGGUGUCUGACCGUCUGAUACCAGCUAGGACUAAAGAGGAUUUGCACUACUGACAGAUAUGUGGGCUGCUCUCGUCCGUAACUGCUUGGUGGAGUUAUGAUGCAGCACCGAUUUAAACAUUUACAAAGACAUGCUGGACAAUCUGAAUCGUGGACUUGAAUUUAAAGGCAACUGUAAAAUAUAAACGGGGUGGGACAAACAAUAAUAUAAAUGGAAUCUUUUAAUAAACCUAUUUUUUCC